AGUUAGUACGUAGAAAUUCAAAAUGCGGAGUGAGCGAAUCCUGAAAGCACAGAAAUGGAAUCUUGUUGUUAUCCACGUCCUGCUCUUGCUUGGAGCGUGUGUCUUGAUUGCGUUAUGUUCCAAAUAUUUUGAUUCGCUUAGAUAUAUUGGCGCCUUUACAGAAACCGAUAAAAUUCUCAUUCUAAUUAUAACUUUGAUCUGCACGAGUGGCCUACUAGCACUUUUAUCGAUACUGGGCUUUUAUGCUGUAAUUACAUUAAAGAUGGCAUCUGUCAACUGGUAUUCAGUUUCAAUGGCUCUGGUCCUCAUGUUUAACCUGACCAGCGGAAUUUUGAUUUUCACUUACCAAGACUCGAUCACUUCUGAAGUGAGAGACAACAUGGUCAGUCAAGCGAAGGUUUACACCGUAGCUGGGUUAAGUAACAAUGAAGCAGCAGCUACUUUAGCUUGGGACAAUACCCAACUGAGAUUCAAAUGCUGUGGAGUCAACAACUUUAAGGACUGGAGAGCAUAUAGACCGCAGCUCAGGGGCUCCCCAAACUCAUGUUCUUGCAAAACGGAAGAAGAAUAUUGCAACCAGGAGUUAAAUGUGUUCGACCAAGGGUGCUAUAAAAGAAUGGUGGAGGAUGGAAACGUGUUUUUGUUUGCGAUAGCAGGAGUCACUUUUGGAAUUUCGUUUCUCCAGUUGUGUGCCGUUAGAUUGCUGGAAAAAUACAAGCGUGAUAAGGAGGAUUUGGAACUGCGGGUGGAAUUUUUCUCAUCAGAUUAUUACACGUGAGAAUCAUUUCAAUAAAAUCAUUGCCUAUGAAA